AUUUUCUCCGGUUUCGGCGAUUGUCUCCUGCGUGUUAAAUCCGAAAUCUGGAGGAAGGGAUAUCACGUUUCACCGUGUGUUUGGGCACUCGGGGGGAAGUGAUGUUUGGUGUUUGAACGGCGCUGCCCUUUGCUCUGCUAAAUCUGGGAGGAAUGUGUGAAGCAAAAUGGCUACAGCUGUUGAAACUAAAGCUAUCCUUCGGAGUGCAGAUGCCGUGUGUUUUGAUGUCGACAGCACCAUAAUAAAAGAAGAAGGAAUUGAUGAACUGGCGAAGUUUUGUGGAGUUGGGGAUGUUGUGGCAGAAAUGACCCACAAUGCAAUGGGUGGAACUAUCCCAUUUAAGAAGGCCUUAACAGAGCGUCUAGCGAUAAUCCAACCGUCACGAGAUCAAGUGAACAAACUAAUAAAUGAUCAUCCACCUUGCUUAACUGACGGCAUGAUGAACCUAGUUGAUCGGCUUCAGCAGCGAAAUGUGCAAGUCUUCUUGAUAUCUGGUGGAUUCCAUGUCAUUGUGGACAGCAUAGCAGCAAGGAUCAAUAUUCCCUUAACCAAUGUCUAUGCAAACAAGCUGAAGUUUCACAUGAAUGGUGAUUAUGCUGGUUUUGACGAAACACAACCAACAGCAGAAUCUGGUGGGAAAGGGCGGGUCAUAAGUCUCCUGAAGAAAGAAAGAGGCUUUAAGAAAGUUGUGAUGAUUGGGGAUGGAAUCACAGACUUGGAGGCUUGCCCACCCGCAGAUGCAUUUAUUGGAUUUGGUGGGAAUGUUGUUCGACAACAAGUAAAGGAAAAAGCCAAAUGGUUUGUCACAAGCUUUCAAGAAAUUACUGCAGAACUGGAAUAGCAAAUUUAAUUUUAAAAGACAAAUUGUACUUAUAAAAAUGUAUUUAUAGGAAAACAUGAAAUUCUUGAGUGCAUUAUAAUAAAUUUAACCUUAUCCAUGUAACUUUGCUAUUUUGUUUCUGACUUGCUCAUUAGAAAAGUGAUACAGUUGUUGAGUGCUAUUUCUGUUGUAUCAUUCAGAGCCAGGGCUCACCAGCCACUGGCCUCACAAUACACUGCUUAGCAGUGGAACUAUAGAAGCUAGGGGAACUUUAUAUAGGUUGCUGUUUAAAACAGCAACCCAUGUUUAUGCUUUUGGAUUCCCCACAUUUCCAUGUUGUAUAUCCAGGGCAGAGUGGUUUCCACUUUGAGAUUGGUGAUACCUUCAGGGAAAGCUUGGUUCAGUGGGAGCAUAAUGCUUUUUUGUAGUGUGCUUGGAAAUCCAAUAAUCUCUGCAUGACUUUUUUUAUCCUCCAUUUUCCUCUACAAAGCCCUGUUUAUUUGUGUGUGUGUGUAUUUCAUUUCUAAUUAAUUUGCAAAUCGUAAAGAGUAUAUUUGGAAUUAUGGCACUUUUCUAAAGUCAAUAAUUGAAAAGAGAUUCUGUUUGACUUUAGUUCAUUAAUUGCAAGACUGGCUCUAGAAUGUUACAUUUUUACUACAUUUUCUGGUCAAGGUAAAUUAUCUUGUUUUUAAUUUUAAAUUAAUAGAUUUUUGUCCAUUGGGGAGGAAAAGUUAAAUAUAGAAUCUUUCUGUUUACAGCAUACCCAUGGGAGAUGUACUGCUUUGACUGUCAUGUAUAGUUAUUUUCUCAGAUGGAUAAGUAACCCAGGACUGCAUUACAGUUCAUUAAGUUAAUAGUGAAUGCAGACAGGUAUGCUGUGCUAAAUUUGCCCAUUCAACUCUGUAUUUAACCUUUUUGGAAAAACGAGCCUUUUGUGAGAUUUUAGUUCAUAUUAGUAGCCCUGCAAAUGGAAAGUGGAAUCCAGUUCUCAAGGAGCCAAGUGAAGUUUCACCUUUGCCUUAUUUGGUGUCUUAGCAACUAUUCUUGCACGCCUGCCAGAAAAACAUCAUGAAAGUGAGAGUUGAAGGAAGCUAUUGAGCCUCUUCAAUUAAUUAUUCAACAGGGUUCUUGAUAUAAUGGCACUUAUUUCUCUCGAAUGAUUUCAGAGUACUUUGAAUCACUUCUCUAUCAGAGGAUCAUUCCAGAUACUAAUCAUAUUAUUUCCUAAAAGAUUUUAACUCAUUCCUUACUUUACUGUUAGCUCUGUUCUUGAGACAACCAAUUUUGUCUUCACAUUUAUUGGCCAUUUUGCAAGUAUAGAGGCUUGUUCUUUUCCUAACAUGAAAUGUCUAGAUGGGCUUCAGAUGAAUAUAAUUUAAAUUUUGUUUUUCCUUUGUGUGAAACCUAUUUUGAUCAGUGACCUUGUUGGUUGUUAUCACAGAAACACCAAUUCCAGCCAAGAGGGGAAUGGAUAAUAAAAUUACUUAAUAAUUCACACCCCUCAUCACUUUGUUCUCCUUUAUGCUUGUGUACUGAAGAAUUACAAUAAACUAUUUUGAAUUUC